AUGGCCUCAGUCACUCCCACACUCUCGCGCCACGACUCGCCAGGCCCCGAGCCCUUUGCAGUCCCUCAUGACUGCUUGGUGGUGAUGCUCGUGGGGUUGCCAGCCUCUGGCAAGAGCACGUUGGCCCGCCAUAUCCACCAGUUCGUCAGCACGUGUACACCCUACACCUCAGCCAUCUACAACGCUGGCGACAUUCGUCGCCAGAACAGCAGCUUCCACACGUCGGACUUCUUCAACCCCAACAACCUCCAGGGCCGCAUGGACCGCGAGAUGUACGCCGACAUCAACCUCCACAACCUCCUCCACGACUUGCGGAGGGGUGCCACCCAGGUGGGAUUCUUGGACGCAACCAACACCACCAUCGACCGCCGUCGCCGCAUGUUCGACACCAUCCGUGCUUCGGGCAUAAAUCCACACGUGGUGGUGCUAGACGUACAGUGCACCAAGCCCCACUUGCUUAACUUCAACAUAAGCGGAAAAGCACACAACCGCGACUACCACGACAAGGACUACCUCACGGCAGUCAACGACUUCAAGGUGCGCACCCGCCACUACCACAAGGUGUACCAGCCCAUAGUGCGCGACGAGUUGGCUCACUACCCCUUGGCAAUGUACGUGCGGGUGUGCAACGCAGGUGAGUCCUUCGACAACUGGAGCCUUGACGACUCGUUCAAGAAAACGCACUUUUACUUGAUGUUGAUGCACUUCGAGAGCAAUUACUACAACACCGAAGGCAAACGGUAUUUUGAGGCGGUGGAGGCGUUCUACAAGAACUCCACCGCAGGUAUAGCUGGAUAG